AUGCAGCAGUCCGUGCCCACCCGCAAACGCCAGCCGCCAGGCGCAUCGCCCACGGUGCAGCAGCCCAUGACGCCAACACCGCAGUAUCCAUACCAGCACCAGAUCUCAGACACGACCGACUUCAACCCCAACUUCGACUUCCCCAACUUUCCUACAGACCAGUCACAUGUCGACUCUGUCAUCGACACCAACAACUACUCCACCGCGCUCAACACCCAGCAACCGCAGACAUAUGGCAACAACAUCCCUCAAGCGCCUUCGACAGAUCUAGUGCGGCGAAAUCCCAAUCAGCAGCUGGCCGCACCACCGAUCGCGCAGCAAGAGCAAUGGAACGGCGACUUUAGCAACAUGGCUGCGCAAGAUGAGAGUGAGCAGGAACUGGAGGCCAAGGUGGCCAGGGCAAAGAUGGGUGAUGCACACGGCAAGCGCAAGCAGAUCCCACCGUUUGUGCAGAAGCUGAGCAGCUUCCUCGACAAAGAACACGAAUCGCUCAUCCGAUGGUCAGACGAUGGCAGGGCUUUCAUAGUAUUGGACGAGGACGAGUUCGCGCGACGGCUGAUCCCAGAGCUCUUCAAGCACAACAACUAUGCCUCCUUCGUUCGACAACUCAACAUGUACGGCUUUCACAAAACAGUCAACAUCCACGAUGGCUCGCUACGACAGUCCGAACAGGCUCGCAAAGGCGCAAAGCCACCCAGCAUGUACUCACACCCAUACUUCCGCCGAAAUCGCCCCGAUCUGCUGUGGCUCAUUCAAAAGCCUGCCAGCAAAUCGAGCGCCAAGCGGAAGCGAGACGGUAACAUGAAGGAUGGCUUCGACAGUGAUGACGAGCGGCAAGGAUCGCCCUUUCCAGAUCGGCCGCAAGAGCUCAGAGCUCCGAGUGGCAACCAAGAUGUUGCACCGCUACCGCGAAGCGAACUUAGUGCUGUACGACAGGAGCUGAAGAAGCUCCAACAACAGCAGGGCAUGAUCUCAAGAAUGAUAUCGCAGCUCAAAGACCAGAAUGAUCAGUUCUACAGACAAGCGAGCGCGUUCCAGACGCUGCAUGAUCGACAUGAGAACUCCAUCAAUGCUAUACUGACAUUCCUCGCGACAUUUUACAACCGCAGUGUUGAAGGCAAUGCUGGGCAGAAUCUGGUCAACAUGUUCGGCAACCAGAAUAAUCAAAACGACCAGCAGCGCAGUGGUGUCGUUCAAGAUCUUGACGACAGCACACCUUCACAGUCUGAGCAGGUACAGCAAUAUCGACAAAAGCCACAACUCCUUCUCACACACGGCGGCGAAGAUCAGACAUCAUCGCAGUUCCUGCAGCCCGGUUCUGCUGUGACUGCACCCAACUCGGCACGACCGUCGAUCAGUCCACCAGAGGGUAACACGCCAUUAGCAGCACCGCCCCAGAGGGCAAGUACUGCAAGUGUGGCGCCGAGCGAAGCGGAAACAAUGGCCAGAGCGGCAGCCAGUCCUGCUAUCAAGAACGACGCCCCGACACCAGACUACCUGAAUUCAGUGCCAGAGAACAACGAAGUCAUGAGCUACAUCCACAAUGCCAACGCCAAAGACGAAACAGAAAAGUCUGGUAACCUGUCUUUCCCUGCUGGUCUCGAACAACUUCAAAACGCUGUCGGCAACGCAGCACUCACCCCACAGCAGAGAAGCGACAUGAUGUCCAUGAUGCAGAAUCGACAUGGUAACGACCCUUCGAGCAACAACGCCCUCAUCUCUCCGCAGCCUGCCGCGGACCCUUCACACUACAUGGAGGCAAUACGACAGAACAACAUCAGCCUCAACGACCUGGAGAGCCAACAGCAGUCAAUGGGCCGGCGACUCAGCGAUCUUCAAGGCAGGCUGGCUCCAUUGUCGCCCGGCGGCAUACCUGGAAUCAGCAACGACUACGGCUUCGGCGAGCCCAGCACCUACAACCUCAAUUCGGAUCCUUACGACAUGAACGACUUUGUCAAUCUUGAAGGUAUCUGCGACUAUGCUGCAACGGGCGGUAAUGACAAUGCAGAUAUCGACUUCCUGAACAAUGACCAGAACUGGAAUUGGGAUACGAAUGGUAAUGGGGCGGGCGUGGGAGCAGACAUGUUCCAGAGCACUGAUGCUGGCAACGGCGGGAAUGGUGGCCUUGGAACAGCUCCCGGCACGGUUGAGAGCUUGAGCAGUGAGGCUACCAGUCCUGCUGCUACUAAUCAGUUUGCUGAGGCGGAGGACGAUACUGGAAUGUUGGAGCCUGGAACUCCGAAUAAGAGGCAGCGGAAGUCUUAG